UAAAACUGUGAUACGAGCGCAUCGUUCGGUACUCGUACGCGGCAUUCUAUCGAGAAAGACUGAGCAAUCUGAGUGCUCUCCCACAUAAUUAAUACCGGGACAGCAGACCUUCAUUGAAAGACUUACCAAUCAAAAUUCUACUUCGAAUUAUUAGAUUAGAUUCAUAUCACAAGAGGGAAUCAGCUCAACGUGAAACCAAUAUUGCAGGAGCUCAAAUUCGCCAUCGCAAACAAAAUCGAGAACAACAAUUUUUAAUCAUGUCUAUGGUCUAUGGUCAGUACAAAUGCUCGCGUCCCAAGCGUCCACAUCAAAAUAUGGCCAAACACAGAUUUUGCGCGUUUUGUCCUUGUGCAAGAGGCUGUCUACAUCCUUAAACAACCACAUCGUUUCGUGUUUAGUUGUUCAUCGUAUUCCGUUGGUUCCGUAUUCGCUCCACUUCAUCACUCUACUUACAAACUACUUGAUUUCAAUUUCAUAGAUGAGUACGGCAGACCUUUCGUCAUUCUGAAGGAACAGCAAGCCAAAAACCGUGUCAAAGGAGUUGAAGCAACAAAGGCAAAUAUUCUUGCAGCACGAUCUAUUUCUAAUAUUCUUCGUACUUCGCUUGGGCCGAAGGGAAUGGACAAGCUUUUGGUAAGCCCAGACGGAGACGUAACGAUCACAAAUGAUGGGGCAACGAUUCUUAGUCAGAUGGAAAUUCACCAGCAGGUGGCCAGAUUAAUGGUUGAACUCUCAUCGUCUCAAGAUGACGAAAUUGGAGAUGGAACAACCGGCGUCGUCGUUUUGGCAGGCUCCCUCCUCGAACAGGCCGAAAUUCUACUAAACAAAGGAAUCCAUCCCGUUCGGAUUGCAAGGGGUUUUGAGGCUGCUUCGCAAGUUGCUAUUCAGCAUUUAGAAAAGAUUUCAGAAAAAGUGGAGUUCUCGAAAGAUUACCUCGAUCCUUUGUUGACCACUGCUAAAACAACUUUGAAUUCGAAAAUUUUGCAGCCUUACAAGGAAGAAAUGUCCAAAAUCGCUGUACAAGCUAUCCUAGACGUGGCUGAUUUAGAACGCCAUGAUGUUAACUUUGAUAUGAUCAGAAUGGAGGGGAAAACAGGAGGAUCUCUUUCAGACACGGAGCUCGUGAAUGGAUUAGUUCUGGAUAAGGAAUUUUCUCACCCCCAAAUGCCCACCAUUGUCGACAAUGCCAAGCUGUGUAUCUUGACCUGUCCACUCGAGCCACCAAAACCGAAGACAAAGCACAAAUUGCAAAUCGAUUCGGCAGAGGCAUACGAUGAGUUGUACAAUCAAGAACAGGAAUACUUCAGGGAUAUGAUCCAAAAGAUCAAGGACAGUGGUGCAAACUUAGUUAUUUGUCAGUGGGGUUUUGACGACGAAGCAAACCAUCUUUUACUGCAGCAAGAACUUCCUGCUGUUCGUUGGGUCGGUGGUGUUGAAAUCGAGCACAUUGCAAUCGCAACUGGAGGUCGGAUAGUAGCACGUGUCGAAGAGUUGACCCCGGACAAACUUGGAACAGCUGGUAAGGUGAAGCAAUUAUCAAUGGGAACCAACAAUUCCCGACAACAAGACCGCAUCCUGGUUUUGGAAGAUUGUGCUAAUCAAAAGGCGGUUACCGUAUUGGUGAGAGGAGGGAACAAAAUGAUUGUCGAUGAAGCCAAAAGAUCGCUACAUGACGCAAUGUGUGUUGUUCGCAACCUUGUGAAGGAUAACCGUGUGGUUUACGGUGGUGGCUCGGCUGAGGUAUCAUGCUCGCUUGCAAUUAAGAAGCACGCUGAUACUGUGACGGGUGUAGAUCAAUAUGCCAUUCGUGCUUUUGCAGAUGCACUAGAUGAUGUGCCUUUAGCCUUAGCAGAGAAUGCCGGAUUGGCUCCCAUUGAAGAAGUAACAGCAAUCAAGUCUCGGCAAGUAAAGGAAGGAAAUCCAACCAUUGGACUUGGUCUUUUACCUCUUGAUCGAGCAGAUUUGAAUGUAGGCAGUAAAACAGGUGAUCACACAAUGGAUAUGAAAGAACUUGGAGUGUUUGAGACCUUGAUUGGCAAACAACAGCAGAUGCAACUUGCGGCUCAAGUAGUGAAAAUGAUUUUGAAGAUCGACGACGUCAUUUCGCAUGGUAAUUAUCAGUAGUAAAGCAGUUGGUGACCACCUGUGAUCGCAUAUUCUGUAUUGAACAGCUGAUUUAUUUGAACAUGUAGGAGGAUUCAUUUUUCAUGAAGGUCGCACUUUCAAAUGAAUCGAAGCCGGUUCUAUUUUUACUCAGAAUACUAAUAAACGACCACAUCAACAUUCGGCUAAUUCGUGAAAAGAACAAGUAUGUCUAGUUUGCUAUGACAGUCUUAUACAUUAAAGCGAAAUAGCAUGA